CGAUCCCGUCCCAUGCAAUAUGACAGCUUGACAGCUCAUCCCUAUAUAGACGUCACAGGUUCGCAUUUGGGAGUGGUUGAGCCUUCAGGGUCGUGAUGCAUCCUAGAGCCGAAUUAUUCCAUAAGUGCCGUUGAUGUUCCGAGCCAGAAUCACAAUAGUCUGAAGCUUGUACUGCCGGAUCCGCGCGACCGCAUCUGGAAUGUACGAUCUUCAUGAUUGAAAACAUCCCUUCGUAGAAAUCCUACAAAUUCCCGUCUUCCCAGCAAGGUUCCGACUCAGAAUGAAUACGGAGUAUGUCUCGGUGACUAAGGAUUUGGAUUAGAUGACGUGAGGAAGCGAAGGAUUGACGCUUUAGGCAGCAAGUCCUCAUUGACCGAAUCGAUACAACUGCCAGAGAUGUCGAUGUAGCAUCAUUAUGACAAAAGGUCAAGGGAACAGGAUGAGUAUCAUGGCCCGGGACACGUAGGGACAACGUUGGUUUGGAAAGUGCCCGUUCAGCAACAAGUGCCAGGAAGCAGGGGGCGCCUACACGAAAAUCCGAGAUACGAUAUGGUGGCUACUUUAUCUGCUGUUUCGUUGUUGAUAUCAAUGCACCUAUACCGGAUCCGGACAUGAGACUGGUGGGCCGAUGGCGACAUGUAAGGUCCUCGGGGCACAGUGGGAUUAGGCAUCGGGGUACUUGCCAACUAGGCAUUGGGAUUGAGAUGUGGGAGCUGGGGCUGUGUUCUCCACUAGGUCCGGUCCAUGAACUCCGUUACAUUCUACUUUUCUUGGUAGAGUGGUUAGAGAUGGAUAUAAAUAUAUUCCCUGGACAUCAAAACCUGAGCCAGAAAGUUGACAUCUUCAACGACAAAAAAAACCCCCCCGUAAGACAACAAGACCAUGAUUCUGACUAUUGUAUCACUUUUACGCAACAGCCUUGGUGGCUUGAUGGGGUUGAAUUUUGCAAAUGGGUCCGCCAUAAGUUCACCUAUUGAUUCCAAGAAAGGAAAGAAACAGAUCACUUUCGAGGAACACCUCGCCCUCUCCUCCCUCCUCUUCCACUGGGCGGACAGUUAUGACAGCAAAGACUGGGCCCGACUCUCUCGCAUCCUCGCGCCAGUCUUGUUGAUCGACUAUACCCAAGUUUCGGGAGAGUCGUAUCCCUCCAUGGCAGCGGAAUCGUUCGUCGCCAUGAUGAGCUCUCCGGGUUUCCUCGGUGAUCCAUUGCUGAAGACGCAGCAUCUCCUUGGUGCGUGUGAGUGGGAGAAAGUCGAUGACGAUUUUGUGAUUGCGAGACAACAGUUGAGAGCGGGACAUCUGCGGUUUGAAGAUGAGACCCAUAAGGUGGAGAAGCAGAGGGGACAUAGCCAUGCAACCAAUGAGUUUUACUUCAGGAGGGUGUGGAUUAAGGAUGUGGAGGGGGACCAGGGGCGGUGGGAGUGGAGGUGGGCGGGGCUGAAACCGGUAGUUAGAUGGAAUGAAUACGGAGUCGGUCCUACUUUGGAAAAUAUCUCUAAAACUACAGAUGCGGAGUUCUACUUUGAUGUCACAGAAGAUGUGGCCUUGUUUGUCCGCUGCGCAGAAACUACCUACGAAUGUGAUGCUACGCUUCACGGUGUAAGGUGGUUUAUGAUUGAUGGCACAAAUGAGCCCGUUCCCGCUGAUUGUCGUAAACACUUAAGCCACCUAAUUACGUCUCAUAACUACGCAGGGCCGCUAGAAGUGCCCGGCUUAACUAAGCUAUCUGGUCUUAGGAUUAGAGGCACCUAUAGUGGAACCUAUUGGGACAACAGCCUCCUAUUACCUACUAAUGUUACUAUCAACGAUCUACCCGACCUUGUUAAUAUCACCAUUAGCAUGGCCAUCGAUGAUGCGGCUUCGAUCACGAGCUUGAAUUUGCUAAAGCUUAGACACAUUAACCUUGACCUACUUCUCAACUCUACGGGAGGGCCAGCCAUCAACCUGACUUUUCUAAGUCUAGCUGACGUUGAUAGCAUAAAAAUUUAUGGCGAAAUCGAUACCUUUUGA